CGGCAUUGUUAGGCCUAUUUAAAAUAUAUUUUAUGAUAUUAUAACAAAUAAACUGUGCGUUUCAAUUUUUAUAAUAAUUUAAAUGUCACUAACUUACAUACUAUACAAAUUUGUCAUGGACACCAAAACCAACAAAUGGUAGCAUGAACAAGAACAUGUAAAUGAAUUUGUCGGAUGGACAAUGCAGGGGAGAUUACUCUUGAAACGUCGGACAGCGUGCAAUAUCGCAGUGAUUCUGCAAUUGUCUCCCCUACCUGGACAGACCGGUGCACGCAAUGUGAUUUCUGGGUUAAAUACUGCUUGUUCACCAUUAACUUUUUAGUAUGGUUUCUAGGAGGUGUUAUGAUUGCUAUCGGCGUUUGGGCCCGUGUGCAAAAACAAGGUCUCGGCGCCUUCGACAACCUCAUCACGGACCCUGCUUUUAUGAUCAUUGCUGUUGGUAUCGUCAUGUUCAUAAUCAGCGUGUUUGGCUGUGUCGGCGCGCUCAGGGAAAAUAUCUGCCUUUUGAAGACGUUCAUCAUCGUCAUCGUGCUGGUGUUCGUGCUGCAGAUCGCUGUCGGCAUCGUGGCCUUCGUCUUCCUCGACUCGGUGGAGCACAAGAUGAUGAACUACAUGAGGCUGGCCGUCUUCAACUACUUCAACAACGCAGACACCAAGGACGUCAUCGACUUUCUGCAAAAAGAGUUCACAUGUUGUGGCGCGGCCAGCUAUGAGGACUGGGAGUCUAAUGUCUACUUCAACUGCUCGUCAAACGCAACCUCGAGGUGUGGAGUCCCGAAAUCCUGCUGCAGAAUCCCAUCGUCAUUCGACUGUGGUUACGGAGUUCGACGAUAUUCCGAAAAGCUGACUGAACAAUUCAUCUUCAAUACUGGCUGUAUAGGAGUGUUGAUGGUGAUCUUCAAGGAUAACCUAGUCAUCAUAGGUUUCAUCGCCAUGUCAGUUGGACUUCUGGAGUUGUUCUCGUUGUUUCUGGCACACAACAUGGCACGCCACAUCCUGGUUGAGAGAAAGAUCUUCUGACAGCUUCACCAGUUUCUACUCACUUAGAGAUUUAAAACUCUCUUUUAAAAAGAGGCUCCACUCGACAUCACAGAGCAAUAUGUUCACAGAACUGUAUAUUUUCAAACCUGUCUUGUUGUUGCGUUAUUGGAUCUCUUGGUUCCAACAUUUUGUUAACCGAGAAUUAACUAGAUCUAUUCACAAUAUCAAAUACCUUGUUAAUUCUCGGUCGACGUUGUGUUGUUAAAGACACCGACCCUAGCGUUUGUGCAAUAUAAAAUAUGUUUUAGGCUAUUACAUCUUCUUUUUUUACAAUUAAAUUACACAUUACCAAAAACAAAUGUUUCUUAAAUGUUCAAUUUUGGCAGUCCCAGAGUAUUUCAGGUCUGGUGCUUAUAAAACUUUUAGAGUCUAGACUCGUGACUCUAAUAGAGUCUGAAACACUAAUGUCAUGACAACGCCAUACAAAUUGUAUGCGUGCGACGUCAUUAGAGAUUGAGUCUGAACUCUAACCAUUUUAUAAGCACGGGCCCUGGUCGUCCUGGUACUUGUAGUAGCUCAAGCUGCAUUUUAUAUCAAACAGAAAAGGUCCGUACUUCUAAAACUAGGGUCGGCAACUUUAUAUAAUGCAAUGCCAUAUGUAAUACCGAGUGUGACUGUUCUGUUGGAAGCAUUGGAUUAGGCUUCUCGAUCCAUUCUCCAAUGGAUUCUUCCUUCCGUCCUUCGUUGGUUUUUGUUUGUCAUAGCAUCAACGAAUUCACUUUGGUUUUAAUUUUCAACCACAUGUAUUUCAUAUUAUGGGACGAAAUUGGAGGGGGGGGGGCGCCACUAGCUUAAAUAGUUGUUUGCGUUAUUUCCCUUCACAGAUUAGAUGUUCUAUUUUAUUUGUGCUCGAUAAUUGGUUUAUUUUGAAUUGUGGUAGUCUAGAACUGCUGAUGGACUCACUGCUGUACAUGUACAUUAUUAUAAGUCCUUGAUUAUUUAUAGACGUGGGAAGAUACCUGGUGUCACAAGCGGUUGGGAUGAGGAGGGGAGGUAGCUCGAGUGUCCUUCUAGCGUGGUCUACUUACACCACAGCUAGAAGACGCUCGAGGUAGAGGGGAGGCAGUUACAUAUUAAUACAAUUUUAAACGGGGAGGAAGAUAUAAUUUUUCAGGAUUUAAGGGCAGUGCCCCUCUGCCACCCCUUCCGACGCCUAUGUUGACAUUGCAAUAUCGUGCUUUAGCAUACACUAGUCGAGUUACGUUUCUUCGUAGCAUGAAUUAGGCAAAGUUAUGCUCCUUGUCAUGUAACAAUAUAUUUUUCGUACCCAUAAAUCCUUUCUACAUAAUAAUGUGUGAUACAAUUACAUGAUUUUACUUACGUUUUCAAAUACAAGUACUACUAUAUCUUAUUACAAUAUUGAGCAUUGUCGUUGUUAAUAAUUUACACGCUGUUAUUCUCAGUUCUUGUUAUAGACACGAUGUAGUUUCAUUAUUAUUUGUUUCUGUUUAUAGUUAUUAGGUUUGUUGUUCUUGUUUUACAACAGGGUGCUAUGGUUCAUAUAUUUACAUUUACUACCUUUUUUGUUUCUUUGUCACUUUUUUUUAUUCUAUCCAUCUUUAAUUUUUCUUUAUACAUGAAUAGAAGAAAGUAAACAUAGUUUAUAAAGAAAGUCAAAGAACCAGCAAUAAUUUGUUAACUUCUUCAUUUAUAACACGUUAUAGAAGUACAAACCACUGUUUUAAAUACACCAGUAUUUUUAUUAUUAUUAUUAUUUAUACAUGUACUUGUUGUAUUGUAGUUUUGAAUUUGCAUCACGUGUUUUACAAAUGUUUACAUGAGAAUGUACUAUUUCCUGGAAAGUGGAUAUAUUUUUUUUCUGAAUUUCCAAUAGCUACAAUAUUCUCAAGAAAAUUGUAGAAGUUUUAUAUAUUGUUUUUAACUGUUCAUUGAUAUUCAUUACAUUGCAAUAUAUAAUGACUAUAAAAAAAUUAAGCCAAAGUCAGUCCUGUUAAAGGUGUCCAGAUUCGGUUCUUCUGUAUGGAAAUGCAUCUAUUUGAUCUCGAUAUAUCAUUUUGUUCAAACCAGUCACUUAUAUUAGGUCUUUUAAUAGAUUUGAUUCUUUCCAAACAACAACAAUUAAAACGAAACACCAAUAAUGUACGAUAUUACGUUUCUUGUUUUAUGUCGUACACUUUUUUAUAAUAAAGACAUAAUUCAU